CUAAGCUCCAUUAUAAUAAAUGUUACUACAAGUAGUUUACUCCUCCCUCACUCACUCCUUGAUCUAACUCUUGUUCACCUUCGUAGCUCACCUCUCCUAUACGCCUCCACCUCUCACUUGCCUCAUCAUGGACUCUUCUUUCGCCAUCCCCUCUAAGGGCUCCAUAGGCUCCGAUGGCAAGCCUGUCCAAAUCAUCACCAACUCGUCCGCAUCGAAACCUUCCGAGCUUCCCAACGCUAUUGAUCUCAGCCAUCAUCUCACCGAGCUCUCGAAACAUCGUGCCGCAAGCUCCUUGAAGGAGCUGUACCGUUAUAUGGCAGUGCCUCAUAUGAUCACCAUGGCUGGAGGUGUCCCCUCUCCUGAGCUCUACCCUUUCGAGACUAUUUCCGCUUCUCUUCUCACCCAUGACGCCUUCCCCCUCGACUAUCCCAGAGUGCCCCAGAAACCCAAGAAGUCUUUCUUUUCUUGGCUCUUCCCCUCUUUCAAACCGACCACCGACAUCUCUAUCCCCAAGUAUGUGGAGAGCGCAGACGCCAGCACCAUUCAGCUCUCCACGUACCUUCAGUAUCAACCGGCCACCGGUCUCCCUGCCGUCCCUCUAUUCCUCCGCAAGUAUGUCGAGCUGGUGUAUCAACCCGCGUACGCUGAUUGGGACGUCCUUCUCAACUGUGGAGCCACGGAUGCGUGGAACAAGGUAGUCCUCAUGCUCGUCGAAAAAGGUGACCCUAUCCUUGUCGAGGAGUGGACCUAUCCUGGUGCUAGUAACUCUUACAGUCCACUCGAAACUGUCAAAAUUGCAUUGAAGAUGGAUGGCGAAGGCAUCAUUCCCGACUACAUGGAUAAACUGUUGGGAAAUUGGGAUGAAACGGCAAGGGGUAUGAAGCGUCCUCACGUCCUCUACACCGUUCCCACGGGACAAAAUCCCACCGGCGCAACGAUGGGAGCAGAUCGCAAAAAGGCCAUCUACGACUUAUGCUGCAAAUACGACGUCAUCAUUUGCGAGGAUGAGCCGUAUUACUGCUUGUUUACGGGCAAAUGGACACCCAAGAAACUCGCCGCGGAGAAAUCCAUCAUGGCUCAACGCACGGAGCAGGCAGAGAAGCAGGACGGCAAGGAGGGAAACGAGGCUUUCCUCAAGGCACUCCCCCCGUCUUUCCUCAAGUUCGACACCCAAGGCCGUGUCAUUCGUAUGGAUACCUUCUCCAAGACGAGUUGUCCUGGCUCUCGACUCGGAUGGAUCACCACCUCGCCACUUUUCAUCGAGAGGCUUACACGUGCCACUGAAGGAUCAUCUCAAAGUCCCAGCGGUUUCGCCACAGCGUUGACCGGUAAAAUGCUGUCCGAAUGGGGUAUGGAAGGUUAUAUCCGCUGGCUUCGAGGCAUCAAAGCCAUGUAUAAGAUGCGUCGUGACUGGAUGUGCGAUGCUUUCGAGAACGUCUUUCACCUCGAAAUCGACGAUGCACCCAACGGUGUCAAGACCAAUGACGUCGUGUUCGACAUUUUCGACGGUACAGCGCGAGGAGUGACUUGUUAUGCCAAGCCCACCGAUGAUACCGCUGCGGGACGAUGGGAUGAGAAGAAGGGUUUCUCCAGCAAGCACGGUUUACCACUUGUUUCCUUCAUUCCUCCUACGGCUGGCAUGUUCAUCUUCCUCGCUAUCCACAUGGAAGGCCAUCCUGAUUACAAGGCUUUAUUGCAGAAGGGCGAGAAUGCCGUGGAGGUGCUCAUGACCAAACUCUGGUUGGAGCUCGCGGAAAACUUAGUCCUAUUCGCGCCAGCCACGUCUUUCGACGCCAAUGGCGUACAUGGAAUCGGAGGGGAAGGGAUCGGUUAUUUCCGCUUGUCAUACUCGAUUGCGACUUACGAAGAGACCAACCGGGCCAUCUCCACUUUUGCCAAAAUUUUGACCAAAUUCUUUCGCGCCUAG